ACGCUGCUGCGGGGCUCCCUCUGCAAUUUAUUCGCAGCUCAAAGGGUGCUCGCGUUCAGUGCUCAGUGCUUUCCCUGGCCAGGAGCUGGUUCCUGGUGCUGUGCAGGAUGAACAGCUCUUCCCCUGCUCUCAGGUCACUGUCGGAGGACAGGACGGCUGCUGUGCUAUGGGGCUGUGAGCUGGGUGGGGGCAGCCGGAGCUGUGUGGUGAAGGAGGACGAUGACUUCCUAGAGCACCUGGUCCUGCUGAGGACGAUCUCCCUGGGGGCCGACGCCAGGGAUGAGUUGCACGUGGUGGCUGUGGAGUCCAAGAACACCUAUGGAGACCACAAGCCGGUGCCCAUCGCGUCCCUGCGUGUCUCAGUGCUCCCCAUGAUCAGCCUCAAAGGUCUGGAGUUUGUCCCUCCUGUCACCUUCAUGCUGCAAUGUGGAGCUGGGCCGGUCUAUCUCAGCGGGCAGCACGUUACCUUGGAAGAUAACUCCAGGUACGAAGCCCACGAGGAAGAGCUGUCGGAUGCGGAUGGAGGUGAUGAGGAUGAUGCCAGAGCAGCAUAGGAUGGAGAACAGCUGCAGCUCUGCAUGGGAUGGAUCCUUGCACAGUGACAUGAUGGGCUUUGGAUGGGCAGUGGGCUCUGCUUUGGAUACAUCCUUCUCUCCAUCUCAGAAAAUCUUGUUCU